AUGGCUUGUAUUGAAAAUGUCCUUGGAGGAUAUGCCCCUUCACCCAUAGUGCUAGCUGUGGAAAAAAAUGAGAACCAGGAGCUGCACCACGACUUGCCCCUGCAAUGUCUAAGUUCCAUGCUUCAGCACAAUGUAGAUUCCUGGGACCACCAGCUGAGACCUCCCAUCAAUGUGUUGACCAAUCUAGCGAGUGAGCAACUGAAGUGCCACUCUGAAAGAAUAAUGUCCUGAAUUCCUGUAGAUAGUUCCCAAGCUCUGAGACACCUCUAUGGACCACUACCUGCUGUUGCAGAAGAGGUCUGAGCAAAAGCAGAAGUAAGUACCUCUGUGAGGCUGGCAGGCAGAAAGCAGAAGGGAAAAGAUUGUAUUAUGUCCCAGGAAUUUUCUGGCAGCCCUCUCACACUGGUUAUAGGGUGCACAAGAGUCGGCCCUGGAGGUACUGAGAGAGGUGGCAAUAAUACAAUGGUAGAUUUGACUUUGCUGAGAGGUCAAGGGUUUUUUCCACCCUAGGGCCCACAAGUAAGAGUCCUUCCACAUCUCCCCUCUCUUAGAUAAGGAGUAAUGAUGGAGAUGCCAACAAGUAAUAGGAGAAUGGCUUACAAGGUUAGGCUGGCUCAUGUUUCUUUCCCACUUGGGGGCCCCUAGCACCCCAUGAAUAAUUGACCAAGGCCUAUCCCAUUGUCUUCUGGUAAUCCAUAUUUACCUUCUUGCUUUAUUGCUCAUUGCCUCUUACCUCAUCAACCACUAAGUUCUAAUCUGUUUCUUGCUAUGCCUACCACUUUUGUUCCUCCCAUGAUGAUUGGUCCUCUACUGCCUUCUUAUUUCCCCUAUUUCCAUUCUGGGGGAAGGCCAGUUCCUAUGGCCCCAAAUAGAGCACAGCUGAUGGCAUAA